GAUGACCGGAGUAAUCAAAUCAUCUCGAUGCGGGACAUGUCGCAAAAGAAAGGUCAAGUGCGAUGAAGUCAAACCAGUAUGUGGGCCUUGCCAAAAGAAGAACCGCGUAUGCGAAGCACCAGUAUCGAAAUACAAGUUUACCGAAGAGCACACCACUGGUGCAUCAUCCGCACCGCCGCCUAUACAGACCACCUUCCCAGCCCUCAAGCUGGAGAAGAUUGCCAUUGUUCGCUCUGUUCCUGCUAGCGAUGGCGGAGGUUUCUUCCAAACGAUGCGGCUUGUGCGCGGGCGACAGAAUCGCCCGCAAGACAAGAUCAACAACAGGCAUAGUGUCAUCAGGAAAAGCCCACAGAUGUCAAGCACUGAAUCACUUCAACACACCCUCUGCCAGACCUUUCAAAUGUACACCGGCGGAUACCGUAUCUCGGCUCUUGCUAGCUUCGUGACUGAGAUCCCCGCGCGACUAGGUCAUUCAGAGGCCCUAGAUUGUGCGGUGGCAUGCCUUGUCAAUUGCCAUGCAUCUCUAUGUCGCAACCAAGCUCCAGUCAACGAUCGGAUGCAAGAAAAGCUAUACGCGAAAAGUAUUGUGGCACUGCAGAGAGCCUUAGAAGACCGUGUCGGAGGAUUUACAGAUGAGACUCUGGCAGCUGUCUCCAUCAUUGGGCAAGUUGAGCUCUUUGGCGGUGGAUGUCAAGGAGAAUCAAAAUGGGUAUCGCAUGCUGGAGGUGCUGCAAAGUUGCUGCAAAUACGCGGACCAGAGUACUGCAAAACCAAGUUUUCUAAGAUGCUGGUGUCGAUGCAGCGAAUGAACUCUUUGGCCGCAUCCAUCAUCCGCGGCGAGGACUGCUUUUUUGCAGAUAGUUCAUGGCAACAAAUCUCGUACGACGAACUUUUCACGCCUGAGAUACACCCGGUAAAUGUCACAUUUGUCACGGCUCUCUUGAGGCUCCCUUCGAUAUGCAAACGGAUCCGACUGUUUCAUCACAACCCUGAGCUGGUCGAUUCUGGGUCUAUAUUUCUCGACAUCUACAGUCUGCGCAAUUCAUUUGCUGAAGUGGAAGAAUACGUGAAUGAAGCAUUGAUCAAUGAGACCAGCAUAACAGUGACGGCAGCGCAGCAUGAUGAUUCACUGACUCCUUUUGCUUACCACUUCGCGUCGCGUCCGCUUGCCAAUCUAUGCGUCAUAUAUUGGGGUUUCUCGAUACUGAUAGAUACAUUACUGGCGAGAUUUCUCCCUUUUCAGCCACUUCCCACGGCAGUCACUCUCGAGGAACUCUGCGAUAAUUGCAUUCAAUACCGUCAGCGCAUUGUCAUGUCGUACGAGUAUGCGGAGCAUAGAUGGCCUUUGGAUGUCAUGUUCAUGGUUGGUCCGCUGAUAUUUUCAUAUCACGGCGCAACCGAAGAAGAGAGGGACUGGAUCAUUUCUAAGCUAUGGAGAUUGGGGGAGUUGAUGCCGAAUUCGAGGCAAUACUGGGGUAGAGCAGGUGUGGAGCGAGCCAUUCGGAUUUAUCUUGGCGAACCAAUUUGAAGUCUCCAGAGGAAUGAACAGACGAUUCUCCCUUUUCGUCUCCGAAAUUCAUUUCAAUUGCCUGUGGUUGGAAUCGCAUACUACACGUACAUAACUAUGUGCAGCUGGAACUGCUCGAGAACGCGCGUACACACAGCAGAACGUAUAAUCCACCCGAUAUUAGGUGCUCGUAAACAACAGCCAUCCUGAAUGAACAUGUCACUUUGAUCACAUAGUAAUCUCGUUCAUGCAAGCUUGUGCAACAAAACCGUGCAGCUCACCCACGUCAAUUGCGACGUGGCCAGCGACUAAACGUCAUUGUUGCGCGAUUCUGCGACAACCCCAUGGGCCAAUCUGGUCAGCAACUGGGGUUGAACAGCUAUCACAAUUCGGCAUA